UUCACGAAAAAAACCGCUGUUCCAAAUCUAAUUUGUAAUCACUGUCAAUUUCAUUGUUUCACAAAAAUGCGGUACAAACUCACCACCGUCAAAUCAAAACAAUGUAAGUAAUCUAAAAGAAAUCAAAAUUAAAAAUUGAUGUUAACGAUUGAUUUGGACAAAUUGUGCGUGAACCGGCGCUAUGUUCGCUUCGCCCGCUCGCUGCUGCCUGGCCGGCUGCCGGGCACACGUGAUGCCUGGCAGGAAGAGCCACUUGGUGCAGGCUGUCACUGGAUAUGGUCGCAGAGGCAAGCACGACAAGGGCUCCUGCUGCAAGGACAUAGCCCAGACCGAGGGCAAGCGCGUGGAGCCGUGGCCCAAGAGUGACCCCCCGCCGCCUGCCUGGCGCUGCGAGUGCCCCACCGAGCCGCAGCCCCCCAACUAUGACCCCUACAGGAUCAAGGUGCCGGACGUCGUCGUGCCCCCCCUGCCUCCUAGUAAUGCCAAGCCGAUGAUAGACUGCGCGAAGACCAAAGGCCCGUGCUCGCUGAAGCCGGUCCUGCCGGCGCCGCCCUGCCCCCCGCCGCCCCCCAAACCCUUCCCCUGGAUAUACGUGUGGGCAGUCGCUUCGUUCUUCGGACUCAUGGGAUUGAUCUACAGAAUCUACUUAUGGAGAGAAGAAAUGGACAGGAUCAGCGAAAAUGUUCCUAUUUGGCGUCCCCGUCGCAAAGUGAAGCGUCCGUACCACGACAAGGACUUGCCGGCGUGCGUUCAGUACUUGAUUGUAGGCGCGGGCGCCGCCGGCUGGGCUGCCUACCGGGCCAUUAUGGAGCACGACAAGACUGCCAAGGUAUUCUUCAUCUCAAAAGAAGACUGCUUGCCGUAUCAGCGCCCGCCGCUGUCGAAGUACAUGUGGUGGAACCCGGAGCCGCCUGAUCUGAAGACCCUCAACUACAUUAAGGAUGGCAGGAGAAAAACCAUGUACGUAUCGGAGUGCAGCAAGUUCAUGGAUCCCGUGAAGUUCUACCGCAAAAAGGUGGGCCCAGCCGUCUCCAUCGCGACCGGCUGGUGCGUGCUGCGAGUAGACGCUGAGAACCACAUCGCCUACAUCAAGACCAUGUGUGGCGAGCAGCCUAUGUACUAUGAGCGAUGUCUGCUGGCCCCUGGUUCGAAACCAAAGCAGCUGAGCAUAUUCAAGAACGCACCGAAGGCGGUUCGGGACCGCGUGACCACCCUCCGCACCAUCCGAGACCUGGAGAUCGCGUAUCGUAAGGUGAAGGAUUCAAAACACGUGGUGAUUAUUGGCGGAGGCACCAUUGGCUGUGAACUGGCUUGGCACUUCGGCAAAAUGAACCAAGUGGUGCAGCGCAAGGAGGACCAGCCGCCGUUGCAGGUGGUGCACAUGUUCAAAGACAAGGGAAUUCUCUCCAGCGUCCUCCCGGAGUACCUCGGCGAGUGGGCCGCCGAGAAGAUCCGUUGCGAGGGCGUCACGCUCGUGCCCAAGACCCAAGUCUACGACGCCUUCGAGUCUCCCGACGGGAGGUUGGAGCUCACGCUGUCAAAUGGGUCGUCGAUGGUUACAGAUUACGUAUUCGUGGCCGUGGGCGCCGACCCGCGCGUGGAGAUGGCUCAGCCGUCGUUCCUGGAGACCGACGACAUCAACAACGGCUUCCUCGUCAACACCGAGUUGGAGGCACGCACGCAUCUAUACGUGGCAGGGGACGCUGCGAGCUUCUACUCGCAGUGGAAGGACAGCCGGCUUCGCUUCGAGCACUACGACAACGCCGAGGAGCAAGGCUACAUCGCCGGCGCCAACAUGACCGGCUACUGGAUCCCCGCCAACAUGGAGCCGCACUACUGGCUCGUCCUGGGCGACGCGCUCGAGAUGCAGGUCAGUCCCCGGCUGCAGGCCGCGACACACUCGCUCCGAGGAGCAGGGCUACAUCGCGGCAACAUGACGGGCUACUGGGUCCCCGCCAACAUGGAGCCGCACUACUGGCUCGUACUGGGCGACGCGCUCGAGAUGCAGGUCAGUCCCCGGCUGCAGGCCGCGACACACUCGCUCCGAGGAGCAGGGCUACAUCGCGGCGGCAACAUGACGGGCUACUGGAUCCCCGCCAACAUGGAGCCGCACUACUGGCUCGUCCUGGGCGACGCGCUCCAGAUGCAGGUCAGUCCCCGGCUGCAGGCCGCGACACACUCGCUCCGAGGAGCAGGGCUACAUCGCGGCAACAUGACGGGCUACUGGGUCCCCGCCAACAUGGAGCCGCACUACUGGCUCGUACUGGGCGACGCGCUCGAGAUGCAGGUCAGUCCCCGGCUGCAGGCCGCGACACACUCGCUCCGAGGAGCAGGGCUACAUCGCGGCGGCAACAUGACGGGCUACUGGAUCCCCGCCAACAUGGAGCCGCACUACUGGCUCGUCCUGGGCGACGCGCUCCAGAUGCAGGUCAGUCCCCGGCUGCAGGCCGCGACACACUCGCUCCGAGGAGCAGGGCUACAUCGCGGCAACAUGACGGGCUACUGGGUCCCCGCCAACAUGGAGCCGCACUACUGGCUCGUCCUGGGCGACGCGCUCGAGAUGCAGGUCAGUCCCCGGCUGCAGGCCGCGACACACUCGCUCCGAGGAGCAGGGCUACAUCGCGGCAACAUGACGGGCUACUGGAUCCCCGCCAACAUGGAGCCGCACUACUGGCUCGUCCUGGGCGACGCGCUCGAGAUGCAGGUUGUGGGUGAAUGUGGCGCGUGCAUGCCUACAGUGGGGCUCUUCAAACAGUGCACCCCCGAGGAGGCCGCUAAGAAACCGCCUAGCGGGGACGGGGACCGCCCUUGCUACAAAAAGAGCGAAGAGUACAAGAACCGGUACAAGCGUGGCCUGGUGUUCUACCUCCGGGACGAGAUCGUGGUCGGGAUGGUGUUCUGGAACAUGCCUCCCAUCGACGACAGGAAAGAAGUCGCCACAGAGUUGCUUCGGGCGCGGCCCUCGUACAAGGACAUUAAUUUGCUCGCGGAGCUGGUCGGCUUUCCGGACACCCAGUGCGUGUACGCAUCAGAAGAGGAGCUCAAGGAACCCGGCCCUUGUAUCAAAAAGUAA